CACCCCGCAGCCAUAUUGAAGACCCUGCACCCCGAGCCGGACUGGCCCACCUGCCCUGCGGGAGUCUGUUGCUGAGUCCCUGCACUUAAUCCCAGGCCGGGAAGUGGUCAACAUGCCCAUCGCCCAGCUGCUGGAGCUAUGGAAGAAGAUAGAGGUGGAGCCCAUGGACAUAGAAACCGGCGAGGAGGACCCUAACCUGGACGAGGAGCCCUCCACUGAAGACCCCGGAGAAGAAGGCAAGUGGGCCUCGACUUUGCCGGAGGCGAAGCCAGCCGCUGCCGCACAGGAGGAAGGCCUGGUGAAGGAGGUGGACAUCUGCCACCAUGUGAAGGAGGGCUUCGAGAAGGCGGACCCCUCGCAGUUCGAGCUGCUCAGAGUGCUGGGCCAGGGCUCUUACGGGAAGGUGUUCCUGGUGAGGAAGGUGAAGGGACCCGACUCGGGGCAGCUCUACGCCAUGAAGGUGCUGAAGAAAGCCACCUUAAAAGUCAGGGACCGAGUGAGGUCGAAGAUGGAGAGGGACAUUCUGGCCGAAGUGAAUCACCCAUUCAUCGUCAGGCUGCACUACGCCUUUCAGACAGAGGGGAAGCUCUACCUGAUCCUGGACUUCCUGCGUGGUGGGGACCUAUUCACCCGGCUCUCCAAAGAGGUGAUGUUCACGGAAGAGGACGUGAAGUUCUACCUGGCAGAGCUGGCCUUGGCUCUGGACCACCUGCAUGGGCUGGGGAUCAUCUACCGAGACCUGAAGCCGGAGAACAUCCUGCUGGAUGAAGAGGGGCACAUCAAGAUCACAGAUUUCGGCCUGAGCAAGGAGGCCGUGGACCAUGACAGGCGGGCCUACUCCUUCUGCGGGACCAUCGAGUACAUGGCGCCGGAGGUGGUGAACCGGCGUGGCCACACACAGAGCGCCGACUGGUGGUCCUUCGGCGUGCUCAUGUUCGAGAUGCUGACCGGCGCCCUGCCGUUCCAGGGGAAGGACCGGAAGGAGACCAUGGCUCUUAUCCUCAAAGCCAAGCUAGGCAUGCCUCAGUUCCUCAGCGCCGAGGCUCAGAACCUGCUGAGAGCCCUCUUCAAACGGAACCCCGCCAACCGACUAGGGGCUGGCCUGGAUGGGGUCGAGGAGAUAAAGCGCCAUCCCUUCUUCGUGACCACAGACUGGAAUAAGCUGUACAGGAAGGAGAUCAAGCCUCCCUUCAAGCCAGCAGUGGGCAGACCCGAGGACACCUUCCACUUCGACCCCGAGUUCACAUCCAGGACCCCAACAGACUCCCCAGGUGCACUCACUCCCCAUGUCUGCGCAGACUCACCGGGCGCACCCCCCAGUGCCAGCGCACACCACCUAUUCCGAGGAUUCAGUUUUGUGGCAUCGAGCCUGGUCCAGGAGCCCUCGCAGCAGGAUGUCCACAAGGCCACCGUCCACCCCAUUGUCCAGCAGCUGCACGGGAACAACGUCCACUUCACCGACGGCUACGAGAUCAAGGAGGACAUCGGGGUGGGCUCCUACUCCGUGUGCAAGCGCUGUGUGCACAAGGCCACCAGCGCAGAGUAUGCCGUGAAGAUCAUUGACAAGAGUAAAAGGGACCCGUCGGAAGAGAUUGAGAUCCUCCUGAGGUACGGCCAGCACCCCAACAUCAUCACCCUCAAAGACGUGUAUGACGAUGGGAAGUACGUGUACCUGGUGAUGGAGCUGAUGCGGGGCGGCGAGCUCCUGGACCGGAUCCUGCAGCUGCGGUGCUUCUCAGAGCGCGAGGCCAGCGACGUGCUGCACACCAUCGCCAAGACCAUGGACUACCUGCACUCCCAGGGGGUGGUUCACCGAGACCUGAAGCCCAGUAACAUCCUGUACGUGGACGAGUCCGGGGACGCCGAGUCCAUCCGAAUCUGUGACUUCGGCUUCGCCAAGCAGCUGCGAGCCGAGAACGGGCUGCUGAUGACCCCUUGCUACACGGCCAACUUCGUCGCCCCCGAGGUCCUGAAGCAGCAAGGGUACGACGCGGCAUGUGACGUGUGGAGCCUGGGGACCCUCUUGUACACCAUGCUGGCCGGCUUCACCCCCUUUGCCAACGGCCCCGAGGACACGCCCGAGGAGAUCCUGGCCAGGAUUGGCAGCGGGCAGUACGCCCUCUCCGGGGGGAACUGGGACUGUGUGUCGGACGCGGCAAAGGACGUGGUGUCCCGGAUGCUGCACGUGGACCCUCGGCAGCGCCUGACGGCUGUGCAGGUGCUAAAGCACCCGUGGAUUGUGAACAGAGAGUGCUUGUCCCAAAGCCAGCUCAGCAGGCAGGACGUCCACCUGGUGAAGGGGGCCAUGGCUGCCACCUACCUGGCCCUGAACCGAACGCCACAGGCACCCCGUCUGGAGCCCGUGCUGGCGUCCAACCUGGCGCAGCGCCGGGGCAUGAAGAGGCUGACGUCCACUCGGUUGUAGCCCUGGCCGGCUCCAGCCCAUGCUCGCCAGUGGACUCUGGACUGGGCUCCCCGCAGGUCGCAGGACGACCACCGUCCACGUGUCCUCUCUCAGUGGGGGAGCUGAACCGGGCACCCCAGAGCCCCACUGUGCCAACCUUGCUGACUGCCCCUCCCCAGUCCCCACGGCCUUGCCGCCUCCCUGCCUGCUGGUAGAAUGCACAUUGAGGGGCACCGUGUUUCCAGCCAGUCACCCGGUCAGCUCCACCACCCCCCUCGGGGCCCUGAGCACUGUGGUAGGGGCUCUGUCAGUGACAGAUCAGAGCCCCCAGCUUGUUCCAGAACCUUCCCCGCCGGCUGGGGCUGGACAGUGAGGCAGGGCCAUGCCCACCAGGAGACCCCAUCCUAUUCCAUAGCGAUCCAAAAACUGUGUGGACUGAGGGUGUUCAGCCCAAUGAAGGGGAGAACCCCGCCCCCCGGGACCCAGGCCUCUGCCCUCUGCCUGGGUAUCUGCCUCCCACAGGGGUGAGGGGGCCCCGAGGAGCUACGACGCCCACCCCGCUCCCUCCAGGGCUCAGCGGGGUGAGACCACGCGGGGCUUCUUUUUGGCCGGCGGGAAACUGUGACUAUGGAAUUUGCCUGCCCUGCAAGGAGCAGGGCGGGGCGGGGUGAGGGGCUCGCCCCAGCAGUGGUGCCCUGACAGCCCCUGUGUGCUGCACGUGGCGUGUCUGCGUGGCGUGUCCGUGGCAGAGCUGUGUGUUCAGUGACCUGUGUACCCUUGCUACUUACUGUGUUUGUGGGCGUGUGCUGCGCCCUGCUAUGGCCCUCAUCCCCCGUGGAUGCUCUGCACCCCGUCCUCAGCUCCCGGGGACCCCCUGGCCCUGCCCGGCCCGGCCCGGUGUGCUUUCACAGCUGUUGUCUGUGCCUCUGUCUUCUGUGGAGUCGCUCCCACCGCCCAGGAGCACCGAGGGGGCACCUGCUAGUUCAAGCCCACCCUCUGCCCCUCCCACCCCUCGCCUCAGCUCACCCCACGACCAGAGCAAACACAGUAUGCAAAGGUCUACCCCGGGGUCUUCGGAUCCCUCUUCCAUUAUUCCGUGCAGCCCCACAGGCGCAGAGGGCUGGAGGCGCCAGGAAGAAAGGCCCGCCAGACGGCAGAGCUCACCAGCCCGGGACUGGAUCCUGCCCCUGCCCCUGCCCCACCCCCACCCCACCAGGGCCCAGCACACGGAUCAGAUCAGAUCAGCCCCUGCGGCCUUUCCUUUGUUAAUUGUCACGCCCUCAUAAAAGCAAUGCCGCCUCUGCUGCGGGUCCGUGCUCCAGGCCUGAGUGAGGGUGCAGCCUGCCCUGUCUUGGGAGGCUCCUAGACAUGGAUCACAGGGGUCCACAGGCCUGUGCCCCACCUCCCCUCCCGCCCCACCAGGCCCAUCAUGGGUGCUGUCAGCGGGAAAGGCUUUCCCAAGACUGGAUGUCCACCCCACCCCAACCCUCCCACCACUGCUGGUUCCACCCGGGGUCCCCUUCCAGGAGCUCCCGUGUGGUCCACAUCGUGGGCCCCGCCCUCCCAGAAUUCCAGAGCCUACCUACUGGGCAGAGGGCUGAGACUAGGUCUAAGAGAGGCAGCGUAUGUAGAGAGCGAGGCCUAGAAUGUUUUCCCUGAGUGCCUCCUGGGACCCUGGUGACCCAGCUUUCCCACCCUCUGAGGACAAGACCCCACAGGGGUCCCUGACCCGCCUUCCAGGGGGGGAUCCUGCUUCUGCACCAUCCAGCCAGCCCUACUUAGCAUCCACAGCACCUGCUCCCACAAAAUGAUACUUGAAGCCCACCCCAGAAAGAGAUGUGGGUUCACCGCCCUGUAGUCCAGCUCCCAGAGCAGCGAGCACUCAGCACCCACAGGGGCUGCACCCAAGGGGGGCUGCCUGGACGGGUCUGUGCUGACACGCCCUUACCCGGUGACUUGCACAAAUGGUAGAACGCACAAAAGAACCUAGCCUCCCCUCCACACGUGUCACCUUGUCCCCACCGGGUCAUGAAAACCACGUUGCUAUGUCACCAAUAAGCUGAGCUCCAACCCCAACAGGCACCCCUGCCUGCCCCCUCCUCUGGCAGCCCCGCUGUUUGGGGGAACACCCAAUUCACCCCAUCAGUGUGGGAAAGCCCACAGGGUCCAGACCUCAGUGGCGGCCUCCUGCCUGUCCUUGGUUCAGCCGUGUGUGUGUGUGUGUGUGUGUGUGUGUGCAGUGUGGCAGGCCCCUGUGCAUGGAACAUUGAGCGUGUGCCAUGUGACAGGCCAUGCAUUCUGAAGAGACCCAGUGCCCCGUGCCCGCCAGUAUUGCUCACAAGAUGGUGUUAUUCUCCAAGCUGCGCGUGGGGGAGCUGCUGCUGCUGCGCUUCCCCCAGGCCCACAGCCACGGGACUCGGGUUGUCGCCAACCCCUCAAGAGCCACCGGUGCAUGUCUGUCCGUCAGUCCGUCUGUGGUGAGAAGGAGCAGCCGAGGCCGAGGGUGGUUGGUCCCCGGGGGCCCCGACUCCGCACUCUGUGUAUGAGCUUCGCCUCUGUGUGCACCGUGGGGUGUCCUGCCCACGCGUCCUGCUGCGUUCGUGCUGAGCGCGCUGUACAGAUAUUUAUUACGCUUUCCAGACUUUCUGAAUCGGUUUUUUGAAUAAAUCUGGGUUUUAUGAA